AGCCACGAUUAAAAACCAAACCCGCUGAAAGAAGAAGAAUAAGAUCUUGCAGUACAUCUUUCGUAAUUUUCAUCUUUGUAAACUUUAAUACAAAAACGAAUAACACAAAAAUACGUAAAAAUGGACACAAUUAGCGUGACUCAACCAAUAAAUUUAAGAGUGGUAAGAUUCGAACUGGAUUUCUCGUCGUUAGUGUCUGAGACUCCCAAGAAAAAGAACACACCGAAAAAAGGUUUGAUCCCUAAGAAAUUGGUGACGUGGCAGAAACAUCGAGUUAUAAAACCACCACCACCACCACCACCACCUCUGGACGGCAAUUCUGCUACACAAAAACGUGACGUAAAUCAGCUGAUAGAAGAGCUUCUCGACGAAUUGUAUGCGGACCAACGGGACUGGAGUAACAGCAGUGCCAUCGAAUACAGUCAUGGAUCAACGUCGGCUGCGUCAUUGGCUUCCUCGCAAUCGAUUUAUGGCGAUCAGAAUGAAGCGGUGGAAAUAAGUUAUUUGGAAGAUUUGGACAUAGAAGAAAUUCGACAAAUAGUAAGAGAAUGUGAAGAUAGAAUAUGUGUUGUCGGAGAUCGGCUCGCGAGGUGCGUGCGUGUAAAGGAUCGUCUUCGCAGACAGCAAAGGAGGCUUUGUGCUGCUUUCUCCGUGCUCUUGAUGCAUAUCACGGGCGACAGUGGCGCGCGAUUCGGCGUGGUGCCUGGCGAGAGCCCGGGUGAGGGCGGGUUUGCGGAGUGGCUGCAUGCGAUGCGACUGGUCGCCAGGCUUCCUGCCGGCGUGCCCCACCACUUCCGUAAAAAGUUAUGGCUGACGCUGUCUGAAAGGCACCUAACAGCACGAGGUAUUGACUGGCCGUCCGCCGAACGUGCUUGCUUCCGAGGCACUGCGCUGCCCGAUGACGCUGAGCUGGGCGCCCAGAUCCUCAAGGAUCUGCACCGCACGGGUUGCUCUCUCUUCUGCGGAACAGAGGGCCGUGAAAACCAAGCAAUGUUGCGGAGGGUGCUGCUGGCUUACGCGAGAUGGAACAAAGAUGUCGGGUACUGCCAAGGCUUCAACAUGUUAGCAGCUAUCAUAUUGGAAGUCAUGGAUAAAUCUGAAUCAGAUUCACUAAAGGUGAUGAUAUACCUAGUGGAGGCUGUAUUACCAGAAGGAUAUUUUGCCGACGACCUCCGAGGACUAUCUGCUGACAUGGCAGCUUUCAGGGACUUGCUUCGAUUGCGUUUACCUCGUCUGGCCCAUCAUAUGGACCAUCUACAGAGAAUAUCGGAUGGUGGAGGCGUAGAACCUCCUCUCCCUGAUGUUUUUACGAUGCAAUGGUUCCUUACACUCUACGCCACUUGGUUGCCUCGGGAGUCACUGCUGAGAAUAUGGGAUUUAGUCCUCUUGGAUGGCAAUGAAGUUCUCCUGCUUACUGCACUGGCUAUUUGGGAUCUCUUACAAGACCGGAUUCUAUCAGCACGUUCAGCGGAUGAGUUCUACAGCUGCAUGGGAGGCGGGGCAGGAGCAGUGUGGGAAGCUGGAGAUGCGUUAGUCGCGAGAGUGGUCGCGUUCGGAUCAGCGCCUGAAUUGCCUAGACUUCGCAGUAUGCAUAGAUACAGAGUCGCCCCACCGGCACCACCAGCCGCUGCACCAAUGUAUCAACCACCAUUACAUUCUGCGAUGCAGACAAUGACGAAAAAAGGCUUGCGCUUGUUUUAUUCCGAGGAUGAGGGAGAUUCGAGUGACGAUGGAAACAAAAUGGCUCUAGCUACUGUUAUGCCAAGAAGAGAAGAUCGUUCCGGUGCCGGUGAUAGGUUGUCUUUAGAUAUUGGAGCUCUGAAAAGACAGUACGCAAGGCUUAGAGAACGCCAAAGACAAGCUCACGUCAUAUUAGCUGCUGCCUGUGCUAGACACGCUGCAGUUGGAGUGCCCACAUCACCGACGUCGCUCACUGUAAAUAAUCUUUUAUUGGGGAAAAGUGCAAUUGUAAGUACUCGAGGACGCAGAUUAGGACCCCCACCUGGUGCAGUUCCACCAUCGCGACAAACAUCACAGAACGAUAAAACAGAACCACAUUCAAAACCACACAGCAGUGAAACAAUUAGUUGGAAGGAAGAAAAAUGCCGAAAAUCAUUAAGUAGAAGAAACUCCGUUAAAUGGAAAGAUAUAAAGAAAGACAAAGAUUUAAGAGAAAAAGAAAGAUAUAGGAAAGCAUCCAUAGAUUUAGAUGAAGCUGGUGACGGUAUAAUAGUUUCAGAGCAUGAAGCUAACGAAAUUGUUGCUUCGAUGAGAUCACGAAGUUCUAGUGAAACGUCGUCAUAUUCAUCUCAUUCAGCAUCUAGUACUGAUACAAGUUUGUGCGAUGAAAAUGAACGAGCCAGUGACUCUGAGACGGAACUGCCUGACGAUGAUAAAAUAAGAAAUAUAAACAUUAAAGGAGCCAAACCUACGCCUUCUCCAAUGUUCAAAGAUUCUAAAGUAGUAUGCUCGCCUGUUUUGAACGAGGCUAUAAUUAGUCAUGCUUCUGAUGAUCUCUCAGAAAUAACCCUAUCACCAAAACCUGUAACGAAUAUAUCAGAUUAUUUAGAUUCAGAUGCUGGAGAACCUUUGCGCACUUAUAUUGAUGGCUUUGAGUCAAAAUUAAAAGAUAGCCUGAGUGUUAGCUCUGAAGUGUUAACUAGUAGCCCUGUUAAGGAGUUGUCUCCUUAUUCACCACGAUCAAACGCGGAAAGUGAUAUACUUCAAAGACUAAGUAGACCGCAAUACGAAGAAAACUCCAAAAGUAAUAAUUCAAUUAGCAGACCGACAAAUCUUCCAACUACCAAAGAGUUAAGUCGGACGGAGUUAAGCCCCAUUGAAUUAUCUCCUUGUGGUUAUAGUGUGGACUCGAAGUCAUCGUACAAUUAUGACUUCUUGUCUAAUUUUAAACAUUCAUCUACCUCAAGACCAGAUAUAAUUUCGAGACCUCCAGACAUUAUUGAUAGUUUGACCAUGUAUCCAAAUUUUGUGACCGACAUUGAUUUAUCUGAGAAAAAUUUGUCAGACAUUGAAACUCCACCUCGAAGUCCAGGCGCGGAAAGCAUCAUCGUCAGUGAAGACGAACGUCCUAUACCUUUGACAAUUGAUAAGUACUUUGAACAUAGUCCAGAAUUUUUUGGAGCUCGAGUAACUAACCCUGAAAUCCCAAGCCGUCGAGCUGCUAAAAGAAAUGCCAGAUUUCCUAAAAAACCUGAUUCCUUGACUCUUCAAAGUAGUUAUAAUGAAAAAUUAAUGAAAAAUGAACUAGAAAGAGCUUCGUCAUUGCCUCAAAGCCAUAGUUUUACUAAUAUUUCCAGUCCAGAAGAGAAGAAUGCAUUUGUCAAAACGCCUGAUAAAUAUGUAGAAAGUGAACGAAAAGAUUCCGCAACAAUCAUCGAUAAGCUUCAAACUCCAGGAAAGAUGACAGAAAAUAUAGAUACGAUGACACCUAAAGACUACAUCCUUCAAUCAGGUAGAAAAAAUAGUGAGAGAGCUCUACAAAUUAUACAAGAAAACUCUAAAAUUUUAAGCCGAAUAUUAACUAAACAAAAUGUGUCUGAAACAGCAAUUAGCAACAAAAUCCAAUCUAUAACGGAUACAGAAUUAGAAAUGGACAUUAGAAACAAUAGUUUAUUUACAAGCCAACUAAGUGGUACACCUGAAAAACCGAAAGAAAGUAGAAUUCUAGAAUCACCACUUUUAAAAGAGUCUACGUCAGAUUCGUUAAUCGGCUAUAGAAAAGAAAACUCUACUGAAGAGAGCACUGUAAAAAGUGAUUUCGUUAGAGUAAGACCCAUUUCUAUAGACGACCCAUUUUGUCUAGAGGCCCGAAACAAUGCUACUAAAGAUGAAGAAUUUAAAAUAAAAAAUAUAAAAUCCCCUAGUAUAGAAUGUUUAGGCAACAAAACCGAUUUAUACGGAUGGGAAAAUAAAGGUUUUCUAGCAAAGUGUGACUAUAAAAGUACGUUAGACAAACUUGAUAGUAAUUAUGAUUUUGAUUAUUUAAAAAAAUCUUAUGAUUUAUCUGAUCAAGGCGAGGUCACUCCAAAUGAACUAAAACCGUUAGCGUCCUCCGACUGGACACAGCGCUCUAUUUCGGGAGAAUCCAAAUCAUCUGUGUCCUUACCAUUAUCAGAAAUCAGAGACACAAUAGCUACGUACGAUCGCAAAUGUACAUCUGACGAUUAUAAUUACCCACUCUCAAGUAAAUAUAAUGACUACGUAAUAUCUAAAGCAAGUGACAUAUGCAGCAAGACAGUCGAUCAAGGGCCGAAAAUUUGUGAAAAUUUAUCUAAGACUGAUAACAGCCAAGUUAGUGAUUUUGCUCAUGUAGUAACUUCGUCUAUAAGCUUCACGUACGAGCCUUCUGCUGAAGACGAUUCACCUAUAGGAGCAAAAAGUAACUCUAGUGAUACUUUGUGUCAAAUCGCGUCACUUGAUCAGGUGUCCACUCCAAUAUCCCCAAAGAUAUUCCCUAAAGAGACGCCUACCUAUACAAAAGAAUUUACUGAAAAAAGCGAAAGGACCAAACUUGAAUCGGACGAUACUUGCAGUGCUAUCACGUCUCUAAUAGAAACAGACACUUUGUCCUCUUUAUCGCAUCCUCGCAGCCCCUCUACGGGUUCCUAUCAUCCUUUCCCCACACGGCCUUCAAUGCGCAUGCCUAAAGAGCUCGGAGUGAGGUUAGGAAUGUAUCCAAAAGAUGUGAUCAGUUCUCCUCCAAAAUAAGUUAAUGCGUAGAGCACGUUUUCUACUCCUAAUAAUGAAAGAUUUUAUUAAGUUUGAUUUUGCUGUGUGAUCUUUAUUUUACAAAUACUUUUAUGCUUUAAUGUGUACUCUAUCAAAGUUUAGAUCGCGUCUUUAUUUUAGAUAUUAAUUGCUAACUUAUUUUUAUGACGAUUGUACUGCCGAAUCAUAAUAAAACUAAUAAGGAUAUAAAGAAGGUUUUUAAAGUGUACUCAUAACAUUGUAUACUCCAUUUAUAAACCUAAAAAAUGAUAUUGGUAAUAGUAUCAAUGCAUAUUUUGGCAUAACAGAAACUGAUUGUAUUACUCCAUGCUGCAGCUGAUAACUUUGCGUUAGAGACAAAAAACACGUUGCCUUGAAUAAAUUUUACCGUUGUUGCGUAAAUGAAUGACUAAUAAUAUCCUUCGCAAUAUGAUAAGUUUAACCAUAAGGUAGAUAGAUAGAGUAACUUGUUUGAAGUCAAUAGAAAUUAUAGCAAUUGUUUAUACAGCUCUAGAUUUAAAUUCUAUCUUUGCGAAUUGAA